UGGUAAAUUGUUUGGCUGCGUUACCGACAUUACCGACUCGCCAGUUUUGAGUUCUUCUUGUAAAAAUCAUGGCGCCGGUAGCACCAAAGAAAGCUGCUCCCAAGGGAAAGAAAGUUGUAGAUAAGAGCAAAAAUAUUAUGCGUGAUCUCCACAUCCGCAAGCUUUGCUUGAACAUUUGCGUUGGAGAAUCUGGUGAUAGGCUUACCAGGGCUGCUAAAGUAUUGGAACAAUUGACUAGCCAACAACCCGUCUUCUCCAAGGCUCGUUACACUGUCCGUUCUUUCGGAAUCCGUCGUAAUGAAAAGAUUGCUGUCCAUUGCACAGUGCGCGGCGCCAAGGCUGAGGAGAUCCUCGAGAGGGGUCUUAAGGUCAGGGAAUACGAAUUGAGGAGGGACAACUUCUCGGCUUCCGGCAACUUCGGUUUCGGUAUCCAGGAACACAUUGACUUGGGUAUCAAGUACGAUCCCAGCAUUGGUAUCUAUGGUUUGGACUUCUACGUCGUAUUGGGCAGGCCCGGUUUCAACGUCGCCCACAGGCGCAGCAAGCAAGGCAAAGUUGGCUUCCAACAUCGCCUGACCAAGGAAGAUGCCAUGAAGUGGUUCCAACAGAAAUACGAUGGUAUCAUCCUCUCCAGUAAAAAGCAUUGAGUGGAUGUUGUCUUCAAGAAGAUAUGAAGAACAAUUUCCAUGUUUCAUUUAUUUGAAUUUAUCUAUUACUACAAUAAAACAACUUUGGAUAAAUUUAC